AUAAAGCUUUUAUGAAGCUUGACACGAUAAUUCUUGGUUGGUGGAAAAUCGAUUCCCAUGGCGUCGCUUGGCUCUGCAGGGUUGCUUUCUUCGAUACACGACUCGUGUUCGCUUGUUUGCUCCUCGUCGCGUGCCCUUGGUUCCUCAUCCGCCAGCUGGCGUUCUUCACCUGGCAAUAGGAAGGGUAGAAAAUCGAAUAAUCAGCUGCAAGUUGUGGCUAUGGCACCCGAAGAAGAGAAGCUCACUCGUCGCAAUCCUCUAGAUUUCCCUAUUGAGUGGGAGAGGCCUAAACCUGGGAGAAGGCCUGAUAUUUUCCCCAAGUUUAGCCCGAUGAAGACACCAUUGCCACCGCCAAUGCCUUAUGAUCCUCCAGCAGAAGACGAGGAAGAAGAGGAAGAGAAGAAAGAAGAGGAAGAAGAGAACCCUGACCAAGAAGAAGAGGAACAACCUGAGAAGCAGCAAUAGAUUUCUUAUAGUUUGGGAGAAAAUAAAAAGGGUUGGAACGUCGAGAUCUAAAGAGACUUUCUGUUUCUGAUUUUUGUAGUGUUUUUGGAGGAGAAAAAAAGGAACUCAUGGUUCUCGUAUUUAGUUGUUAGUUUCAGAUCUCAUACUCAUGUACACUAUAUUUCGUGUAAUAAUGUCAGUUUUGUCUAUCA